CCGGCAGCUCCCCUGAUGCUGCGGGGUGGCUCUGCCCACUCAGGAACCUCCCAGAGGUGGGACCACACGUGGUGCCCCCUGUGCCCAGCUGCUGCAGUGCCACCACACAGCUCCUAUCUGCUCCGCUCAGCGCAGGGCAGAGCCGUGGCCACAGGGGUGUGGGGGCCAGGAACCUGGGGUGCAGACCCGACCACCUCACUUACAGAUGGGGAGACAGGGCCCGAGAGAGGAACGGGCCCCGACCCCCGACCCGCCAUCCAGUGCUCUGGCCGUGGCCCGGCGGGGACGUGUUGCUCUCCCGUAGACCUCGGACCUCGGCGUCGUUUCUUCAGCGUACUUGAGGUGGCCCGCUGGGAGCACAGGACCCGCAAGCUGAGCAGGGCCUUCCGGUCCCCGCACCUCGCCUGCUACUUCCUGGGUGGUGCCAUCCUCCUCCUGAACGUGCUGCGCUCCCACUGCUUCACACAGGCCAUGCUGAGCCAGCCCCAAAUGGAGAGCCUGGACAACCCCACCGCCUACCGCCUGGGCCUGGCGUUCCUGGGGGUGGGCGUCGUGCUCGUGCUGUCCAGCUUCUUUGCACUGGGGUUCACCGGCACCUUCCUUGGUGACUACUUCGGGAUCCUCAAGGAGGCGAGAGUGACCUCGUUCCCCUUCAACGUCCUGGACAACCCCAUGUACUGGGGCAGCACGGCCAACUACCUGGGCUGGGCCCUCAUGCACGCCAGCCCCUCGGGCCUGCUGCUGGCCGCCGUGGUGGGCCUCAUCUACAUGGUCGCCAUCCUGUAUGAGGAGCCCUUCACCACGGAGAUCUACCAGCGGAAAGCCUCCGAGUCCCACAGGAGAAGCUGACAGCCGCGGCCUUGCUGGCCCAAGGGCCAGGACCUGUGGGGACAAGGACGUCUGGUCACAGCUCGGGGCCCGUGCCCAGCCUGGGCCGCUCCAGUGCCUUGGAAGUGCUGCCUUGGGGCCCUGGACACGCUGCGUGUGGCUACUGAGCCCCCGCCCCGCCACGUCCCCACUCCCCAAUAAAGGCCCCUGCCCCAGCC